AUGUUGUUGUCUGUACUGAGUGCUGAUGUCGGUGCUCGGGUAUUUGUUGCUGUAUAUUGGUAUUGUAGUAAAAGUAAGUGCUGGAGUGUCAAAGUUAUUGAAAAUGAAGAUGAAGUUGAAGUUGAAGUUGAAGUUAAUGAGUAUGAGUAUGAGUAUGAGUAUGAGUAUGAGUAUGAGUAUGAGUAUGAGUAUGAGUAUGAGUAUGAGUAUGAGUAUGAGUAUGAGUAUGAGUAUGAGUAUGAGUAUGAGUAUGAGUAUGAGUAUGAGUAUGAGUAUGAGUAUGAGUAUGAGUAUGAGUAUGAGUAUGAGUAUGAGUAUGAGUAUGAGUAUGAGUAUGAGUAUGAGUAUGAGUAUGAGUAUGAGUAUGAGUAUGAGUAUGAGUAUGAGUAUGAGUAUGAGUAUGAGUAUGAGUAUGAGUAUGAGUAUGAGUAUGAGUAUGAGUAUGAGUAUGAGUAUGAGUAUGAGUAUGAGUAUGAGUAUGAGUAUGAGUAUGAGUAUGAUUAUAAGUAUUAA